AUGGUGGAAGUGUCAUGCUCGUGGGUUUGUGAAGAAGGACGAUCUCUGUCCGACGUCCUGAGUCUUCAUCACGACGAACAUCCAAACCAGAACCACACUAACUGUGCUGGUCCUGUCCUCCUGUCUCGGCCUGAGGAGGGCGCCCCCUGUGUCCUGUCUCUGAACUGCAGCUCUUCUGGGAUCCGCAGGCUGAUCUUCGAGACUGAGGCUCGGACUCUGGAGGUUUACGACCAGGACGGGGACUACUGUGGGACCGAGAGAGGAGAGAGGAGAGAGAGUCCAGACUCUGGGACGUUCUACAGAACACAGCUGGAUCUGCAGCGGCCCUCAGCCUCCUGUACAGUCAAGCUCCUGUCCCUGGGCGGCCGUGACUGUGUUCGUGUGCUCUCUCUCUCGGUGCACCUGGAGCAUAUCCCUUCAGUUUGUGUACAGCAGAGCAUAGACCUGCAGCAGGUCCAGACCCUGGUCCAGGAGAUGGGGUCCAGCCUGAGCCCAGGAGCCCAGAGCCUCAUGGAGCUGGUGCAGUUCCAGCAGCAGAAUCAGACGUCUGCUCUGAGCUCUCUGUUCCCCAUGCUGAUGGGACCAGGUCUGAGUCCUCUGCAGUUUCAACCUCAGGUCACUUCCUCAUCCGCUGAAGCUGCGUUCAAUCAGAACGGAGCGAUGUCACAUGACUCGUCUGACUCGACCUGCUCAGAGAGCAGUGAUUCCCGCAGCCCUGUAAGCCCCGCCCACAUCACAGAGAUGAUGUCACAGCUGAUGAAGGGCUGUGGUCAGGCUCCAGGCUCCGCCCCCGACCUGCUCCCUGUUCUGCAGAGCGUGUGUGGUCAUGUGACUCAGCUGCGGAUCGACAACGAGGCUCUGCAGGAGACCAGCUGCAGAGCUCUGGAUGCAGAGAUGGAUCGCCGCCUGGACCAGAUGGAGCAGCGGUUGAGACUGCACUUGGAUAGACGGCUGGACGCUCUGGAGCAAAAGCUGGACUGUGUUUUAAACCUGAUGUCCUGGACCCCUGCCUCUGCCAGACCCCUCACACCCCAGACCGAGAGUCAGACCCAGACCCAGACCCAGACCUCUGUGGGCUGUGACUGA